GUCGAUAUGUACGCCGGGGCUCUCUUCAUUCAGCAGGCCUUGCACUGGGACCUCUACAUCGCCGUGGCCGGUUUGCUGGCCAUCACCGCCGUCUACACCGUGGCGGGGGGCCUGGCCGCUGUGAUCUACACGGACGCGCUGCAGACGUUCAUCAUGCUGAUCGGGGCCGUGACUCUCAUGGUCUUCAGCUUCAUUGAAGUUGGGGGCAUCGAAGGCUUGCAGAUGAAAUACUUCGCCGCCAUCCCCAGCACCCGCAAGGAGAACAGCAGCUGCGGUUUGCCGAGGGAAGAUGCCUUCCACAUCUUCCGCGACCCCAUCAGCUCUGACCUGCCCUGGCCCGGCGUCCUGCUGGGAAUGACCGUGCCCUCGCUGUGGUACUGGUGCACGGACCAGGUCAUCGUCCAGCGGUCCCUUGCUGCCAAAAACCUCUCGCACGCCAAAGGAGGCUCCUUGAUGACCUCCUACUUGAAAAUUUUGCCCCUCUUCAUGAUGGUGAUGCCGGGCAUGAUCAGCCGCGUUCUCUUCCCAGACCUGGUGGCUUGUGCAGAUACAGAAACCUGCCAGAAAAUCUGUGGCAACCCAUCUGGCUGCUCCGACAUCGCGUACCCCAAGCUGGUGAUAGAGCUUCUGCCCGUCGGACUCCGGGGCCUGAUGAUGUCGGUGAUGAUCGCGGCGCUCAUGUCCUCGCUGACCUCCAUCUUCAACAGCGCCAGCACCAUCUUCACCAUGGACCUCUGGAAACACUUCCGCCCUCGCUGCUCCGAGUGGGAGCUCAUGAUCGUUGGCAGGGUCUUUGUGCUGCUGCUCACGGUGGUGUCCAUCCUGUGGAUCCCCCUGGUGCAGGCUGGCCAGGGCGGGCAGCUCUUCAUCUACAUCCAGUCCAUCAGCUCCUACCUGCAGCCCCCCGUGGCCAUGGUGUUCAUCCUGGGCUGUUUCUGGAAAAGAGCGAAUGAGAAG